AAUUUUUGUAUUUUUAGUAGAGACAGGGUUUCACCAUAUUGGCCAGGCUGGUCUCAAACUCCUGGCCUCAGGUGAUUCACCUGCCUCGGCCUCCCAAAGUAUUGGGAUUACAGGCAUGAGCCACCAUACCUGGCUGAUUCAUUCUCAACGAGAGGACUGGAGACUCAGUAUUCCCAUUCCUAAAUUAAUUGGGGAAGGAUGCAGCUUCUCUGAGGUAUGCUGGAGACUUAGUCUCUUCUACCUAUCACUAAUCUCAAUGUCUUUGUCCCCCUCCCUAUCAUUCUUCCCCUUUCUGCAUCUCCACCCCUACACUGGGUUCCACCACUCUGCCAUGCCUGAUUCUCCCACCCCCACCUUCUUUCCCCUUCUCCUUCCUUACCCAUGCCCCCACCUUCCAUGUCUGCUCCCCACUCUCUCAGUCCUAGUUGCAGAGGUCAUCAAGUUUUACUUCCCCAAGAUGGUGGAGAUGCACAAUUAUGUCCCUGCCAACUCUAUCCAGCAGAAGCUCAGCAACUGGGGUCAUCUGAACAGGAAGGUACUGAACAAGCUGAACUUUUCAGUACCAGAUGACAUGAUGCGCAAGAUCGCUCAGUGUGUCCCUGGAGUGGUGGAGCUGGUGCUUAUCCCGCUGAGGCAGCGCUUGGAGGAGCGGCAGAGGCACAGGAAGCAGGGCGUGGGCUCCUUACAGGAGCUGGCUCCCCAGGAUGGCAGUGGCUACGUGGAUGUGGGUUUAUCACAGAAAGCCCGAGGUGAAGGUGCCCUGGACCCCCAGGGAGGGGGUCAGCUCAGAGGGGACCCUCCGCCCGCGGGUCGGCCUCCAGCGUAUAACCAGGCGUUGCAGGACGACCCAAGGUUCGUCCUCCAGAUCGCCGAAAAGGAGCAGGAGCUAUUGGCCUCGCAGGAGACCGUACAGGUCCUGCAGAUGAAGGUGAGGCGCCUGGAGCACCUACUCCAGCUCAAGAACGUGCGCAUCGCAGACCUCUCCCGGCGGCUCCAGCAGGCGGAGCGUAAGCAGCGAUGAGCUGUGGCUCAGGCCGCGCGGGGACGCCCCGUACCCUCCAGAGCUCCGAUGCCGCGCCCGACCCACCCACUAACGGAGGGGCGUUUGGGAGGGUGGAGCCCGCUGCUCGCACGAGCCUCUUGGGCCCCGAGUGCCCUCCUUCCUUGGGAUGGGUGAGCGUGGGAGAAUGUGGAACAGGGAGCCGUACGAGCCGAGGCCCGGGACUGAGCCGCCUCCUCCCACUCCAUCCGGGUCAGGAAAAUGGACUGCUUUCCAGAGCCCAAAAGCCCCGUGCAGAGACCUGGCCUGCCCCCCAAAGUAGUGUCCAACACCUCGGGCCGGCCUUGCAGCUCCUGGCGCUGGGCCUUAGGGGGCAGUCCCUGGCUCGGUCCACACCCCCAGAAUCAGGUCCUUGCCCAGCUCCGAGGACUGCGGUGUCUCCAUCCAGGAUAGUUCCCCUCAACCAAAGGGCCGCUAAGGGGCUCCCCUGCUCUUCCUGGGAGCUUACCUGGACCCAGCUCGGCGACGGAGACCGCAGCAGCUGGAGAGGAAGGGGUGAGAAGUGGGAUCGCCAGGAGUAGGGAGGACAUCGACUUGCCUGUAGCAGUCACCCCACCCUCCUCGCGCACAGGCUACUGAAGGGAAGGUUUAAAGGAUACGGCUCAGGGCUGCCCCAUUAAAGUUACUGUUUUGUUCUA